UCGAGAAGAGAGCUAUGUGAAGGACAAGAGGAGAGAAGAGAGCCAUGUGAAGGUCUGGAAAGCAGUUUUGGAAGAUGGCGUUAAUUGUUGCCGUUAAGUUGAAGAUGCAGCAAAUUUGAUUGGGUUUAAUUAUUUGAUGACGUGGCAAUUUCUAAUUGGAGGGGCAGCUAAUGGGACAGACAGCAGAUCUCGGCUCCCUUGUCUCACGCAGCAAGAUAACGUCCACGUCAGGAGAUGGCAACAGCGCCCCUGUCUGUCUUUAUAUGGGGAGCUCUUAUGGGAGGGGGAGAGAGAGAGGGAGAGCCGGACGCAAUGGACAGAGCGGCGCCAGAGGAGCUAAUUCUCUUAACGCGCGAACCAGACGGUAUAGCGCACGUGACUAUCAACCGUCCGAAGCUGCUGAACUCACUGACCAGGCCGAUGAUCGCCGAUCUGGCUCGGGCGUUCAAGUCGCUCGACGCCGACGAUUCGGUUCGGGUUGUGAUACUGUCGGGGUCGGGCCGAGCGUUCUGCGCCGGCGUGGACCUGACGUCGGCGGAAGAUGUGUUCAAGGGAGACGUGAAGGAUCCGGACUCCGACGCGGUGCUCCAGAUGGAGCGGUGCCGGAAGCCGAUAAUCGGCGCUAUCGCUGGCUUCGCGGUGACCGCCGGGUUCGAGAUCGCCCUCGCUUGCGAUGUGGUGGUCGCCGCUAAGGGCGCUAAGUUCAUCGAUACUCAUGCUAGGUUUGGGAUAUUUCCUUCAUGGGGUCUCUCUCAGAAGCUUUCACGAAUUAUAGGACCCAAUAGGGCCCGUGAAGUUUCUUUGUCAGCCACUCCCCUAACUGCAGAACAAGCUGAGAAGUGGGGUUUGGUAAAUCACCUUGUUGAAGAGAGUGAAUUGCUGAAGAAAGCCCGAGCAGUUGCGGAGGCCAUUAUUAAAAAUAACCAGGAUCUUGUGUUGAGGUACAAAUCAGUUAUAAAUGAAGGUCUCAAGCUGGAUUUGGGUCAUGCUCUUGCUCUAGAAAAGGCUAGGGCUCAUGAAUAUUACAAUGGAAUGACCAAGGAACAGUUCAAGAAAAUGCAAGAAUUCAUAGCUGGUCGAAGUGCAAGGAGACCUGCAGCCAAGUUGUAGCUGCAGUAGCUUACAAAACUAACUUUACUGUAAGUAAACUUGUUGGUUAAACAAAAAUGUCGAAAGAAGCAAUAAAUUGUGUUGCGGUUGCCAAAGUCACAGUAAUCUGCUUUUCCCCAUGUUCAGUU